GUUAAAUCAUUUUAUCAAAAAUAUUACUUUUUCUGACUUAAAUUAAGAUUGUUUAUUAUUGUUUACUUAUCUUUAGAAUGGAAUCCCAAAUAAAUGCAAAUUUGACUGUAUGUAGACUGUGCCUUGCCACCAACUGCCGUUUGUUUACGAUAGCAAAUACUCCAUUGCAGUAUGUGUAUGAGAAAAUUACCAAUAUUGAUUUAAUCACACAAGACAUGAGACCCACAACAUCUUGUAACAUAUGCUAUGCACUUCUGAAAAAAUUCCACAAAUUUAUGCAAACUACUAGAAAAGCGGAAAUAUUACUUACAGAAAUGUACAAGGAAAAUGUUGAGGUAAUCAAUAAAAUAUUAUCAGAUAUAGAUGGGCAAGCCAAUGGAUUAAACGGAUCAUUGAGCAUUUUCAGACUAGAUUCUACUGACAUCCCACCGCAUGAAAGUGUACAGCACAAAAUUAAAUUAGAGCCUGUUUUGGAAGAGUUAUCUCAAGACAUGACUACUCCCUUUAACGAUGAUGGUUGUGAUUACCAAGAUGGUGCUGAGCAAGAAGAAGUGCAAUAUGAUUUAGAUACAAUAGUCAAAAUGGAGGAAGUGGUUUCUGAAGGUCCUGCCCCUGCAAACAACUUAAAACUCAAGAUACAAGAUUUAAAGAGAAAGACUAGGCAGAUUCCAAUAAAAAGUAAAUCAAAUGAAAAUAAAAAAAUUAGACCUAAAAAGAAAACUUAUGAGUGCGAUGUCUGUAAAAAACAGUUUGUUAAAAACUCGCAUUUGACCAGUCAUUUGAAGACUCACACCGGUGACAAAGCACACCAAUGCCAUAUAUGUGAGCGCCAAUUUUCUCAGAAACAAAACUUGAAAGUCCAUUUAAGUACGCACUGCGUCGAGAAACCAUACGAAUGCAACUUCUGCCAACGACGGUUUAGAGCGAAACGUAAUUUGCAAAUUCAUUUAGUCACACACGAAAGCGAGAAACCGUCGUUUAUUUGCGAUGUUUGUCAACGUGUUUUCCAUCAUAGAUGCAGUUUGUAUUAUCACAUAAAAACUCACUCUACAAUGCGGCCAUUUCAGUGUCAUGUGUGUCAUCAAGGCUUCCGAGAGAAAAAUCAUCUGUCGGUGCAUUUAAGAAUACAUUCGGGCGAAACUCCAUUCGUUUGUAAGUUCUGCCAGCGUAAAUUUAACAGCUCCGGAAGUUUAGUUAAACAUAUUAGGAUACAUACCGGUGAGAAACCAUACGAAUGCAAUGUUUGCCACCGACGGUUCACGCAAACAUCACAUUUGGCCGGCCAUUUAAAGACUCAUACUGGCGAGAAACCACACGAAUGUAUGGUUUGUCAGCGUCGGUUUUAUACAAAUGCUUUACUCAAAAUUCAUUUAAGGACACACACAGGUGAAAAACCUUACGAAUGUAAUAUUUGCCAACGAAGAUUCGCCAGAGGAACACAUUUGACACGACAUACAAGGACCCAUACUGGAGAGAAACCUCAUGAGUGUCAUAUUUGCCAUCACAGAUUUAUUCAAUCAACAGAUUUGAAAACGCAUUUAAGAACACACACAGGCGACAAACCAUUUGAAUGUAGUAUAUGUCAGAGUAAGUUUAAUUUAAAAAGCAAGUUGAAGAAACAUUUUGAGACACAUUCGUCUGAAAAAUCUGUUGAUGGCAAUAGUUGAUAAUUGAUUGUGAUAUAAGUCUUAGUAAGUCUAAGUACUUAUUCGGGUGUAUAAGCUUUAAUUAUCUUAAGCUGCGUGUACACUUAGCUUUUCUUCUAUGGACUGUUGGAAAACCCGACAAGCUAUAUUCAGUUUACACGUACGUUUGCGGCUCGAUGCCUUCACAGCUGACACAUAAGAGUCAAACUACCCAAGUACUGCAAACUCGCCUCUAUUACAGAGCUCUAGAGAUCCUUGCAGGGUUCAUCGUAUGAGCAACAGAAAUGGUAAAAGACAGACAAGAUUAGAUCUGAAAAGUAAGUCCAUACAGUGUUAGUAAAUAUAAAUAAAUAAA